UAAAAAAUUACUACAAGUCACCUGUUCAUGUGUCAACCAGAUUUAGCUGAUAUUCAGCGCUGACAACUAGCUCUACCAGCCCUGUACAUCUGUCAACAAACGCGAAGUGUCAAAUCGGCAAAUCGUCCUUAAUUUCAGAAAACAUCCAAAAAGAUGGCCCUCUCUCCAUUCUUUCGGUCGCCGUUUACCGAUUUGACUGGUUGUCUAGUAAACCAUCAAACUUACGACAAAUGUGGCAAAUUGGAAUUGGAAAUGAUGGAGUGCUUGGAAGCGUACGGCAUCGAACGCGGCCGCUCUAAAUGUGCCGAUUUGAUUUCUGAUUUCCAUGAAUGUGUUAGCAUGACCAAACAAAUAUACAGAUUCCACACCAUGCGCAUGGAACGUCAUAAACAAUAUUUCAAAGGCGAACGCUCUAAGGAAGAACACUACGCUCCGCCACCACGGGUUGAUGCUUAUUAAUUUACGUUCAUUAUUGUACUUUUCGAAGAGUGCAGUUUAAUAAAUGUGUAGAAGAUUUGA